AUGGUGGCUUCCUUCGUAGAGAUCCACGACGACAUUCAAGGCGGGCAUCCAACCCGCAACGAUAGGGACGCUGUGUGGUGGGUGUGGGGCCCGGCCCAGGCAAUUAACGCAGGGGACGGAAUGCAUGCCCUUGCAAGGCUGACGAUACUCGAUCUGCAGAGGCUGGGAGUAGCUGCCGACUCUACUUUUCGUGCCAUGCAGAUUCUGGACCAUGCCUCUCUUGCGAUGUGUGAGGGCCGGUUCAAGGACAUAGAGGCCCAAGAACGCAUCGACAUGUCGGUGGACAAAUACGUGGAGAUGGCCCGCGAGAAGAGUGGAUCCUUAAUGUCCGGAGCAUUCCAGCUCGGGGCUCUGAUCGGUUCGGGCGGAGACGAGAAGACGACGGAGGCCUUUGGAGCAGCAGGGAAAGAGUUGGGCGUCUCCAUGCAGGUGGCUGACGACAUACACGAUCUUUUCGCCAAUGACAAUGGCCGUGACGGAGCCGCCCCUACUUCCGAAGAGGUGAUGAACAAAAAGAAGCUACUCCCCGUGGUCUACGCGUUAGAGAAUGCCGGUCCAUCGGAGCGACGGCGCCUUGGAGAUGUCUACUUUAAGCGGGUCUUGCAGCCGUCGGACGUAGCCGAAGUCAGAAAAUUGGUGGAGGAGUUGGGCGGCCGAGAGAGAGCGACUGAGGCGGUGCGUGGGCAUCGCCAAGCGGCAAUGAGAGCCAUAGCAGGCAUCCAUCUUGCCGCUGACGGGCUGUCCGCAGUGGAGACCUUUGCCGACGCCCUGACCUAUGCCCGCUAA